GUGUUCUCCACUGUGGGAGGGAGUGUCACUCUGCCCUGUAGAGGAGUGAACAGGAAAGACUGUUCCACAACUACAUGGGUCUUCAGCUCCAGAUCUCAGAGAGCAGCUGUUGAACUGGUGAAUCUUGGAAAGAUCAGAGACCAGAAGCCAGGGAGAGUGAGUCUGGGGUCUGACUGCUCUCUGCACGUCCACACUCUCAGCACACAGGACACUGGACUGUACACCUGUCAGCAGUUUGUCUAUGACCAGCAGCAAGGAGAGGAUUCUCCUGUCUCUCUGUCCCUCCUCACCAUUCAAGUCUCUCCAGGGGCAGAGCUGAGGACCGGCAGCACUGUGACUCUACACUGUCUCCUGGACACUAACUGGAGUCCUGAACACUGUCCCUCACCUCUACACUCUUAUACAGUGAUCUGGGUGACUGAGACAGGAGCUGAGCUGCAGGGAGACAGAUACCAGAUCAGCUCCUCUCCCUGCAGCUCCUAUCUGACUGUGAGACUGCAGCCCUCAGACCACAGCAGGCAGUGGAGAUGUGAUGUAACACAGGAUCGAGCAGUGACGUUCACACACAGAUACUCCACUCUGCUCACAGAUGGGUCUGGUGCAAGACCGACCCCUCAGAAACCCGGGAGAACAGAGACCUCCCCAGCAGGGAAGACACCAGUGACCCAGUCAGAGCCAGGACCAGGACCAGAAAUGACGAGCUCAUCAGUGACAGGUACAUAG